UUAUUUUCAUUCACUUGGGUGAGUGCUGACGAGUGUUUGUUGAUAAAACGUGCAAUUUUUAUGUUUGAAAUCACCGCGGUUAUCGAUUGAUUAGUGUAAUUAGAUAUAGGAAGUGCACCGGGUGAAUAGAAGUGAUAAAAUGGUCAAGAUAAUAUUCUUGCACCCGGACCUGGGUAUCGGUGGAGCUGAGCGGUUGGUCGUGGAUGCUGCACUGGCUUUUAGGAAUAAAGGACACCAAGUCUCUUUUUACACAAACCAUUACGAUCCUACGCAUUGCUUCUCAGAAACGAGAGAUGGGAGCUUUCCUGUGACGGUGGUCGGGGAUUGGAUUCCACGUUCUAUUUUUGGUCGUUUUAAGGCGGCAUGUGCUUACGUGCGGAUGAUAUACGCGGCAGUUUAUUUAGCCUGGUACGUGAUACCAGUUGAAGAACCCACCCUAAUUUUCUGUGAUUUGAUAUCUAUAUGCAUUCCAUUCUUGAAAAUGGCGAGAGGGCCUUUCAGAGUAGUAUUCUAUUGUCAUCAUCCUGAUAAACUGUUGUCUGAAGAAGGAGGGUUAUUAAAGAAACUUUACAGGGCUCCAUUGAAUUGGCUUGAAGAGUUGACAACUUCCAAGGCCGAUCAGGUUUUAGUGAAUAGCAAAUACACUGCUAGAGUGUACAAAGAUGCAUUCAAGAAUAUAAAAGAAUUGCCAGAUAUUUGCUAUCCAUCAAUCAACACAGAGUUCUUUAGAACAACCUCCCCCAUGCCUUUGAAAGAGGUAGUUCCUCUUGGCACUGACAAAUACAUUUUCCUCUCCAUAAAUAGAUAUGAGAGAAAAAAGAACCUUCAAUUAGCUUUAAGAGCAUUUGAGAAUUUAAAACAUAUAGUUCCUGAACCAGAUUGGAGCAGAGCACACUUAAUAAUGGCUGGAGGCUUUGACCCAAUUAACCUAGAAAAUAUGGAACACUACAUUGAAUUGACAGAUUUGGCAGCAGAGCUUGAUAUUGAAGAUAAAGUGACAUUUUUAAAAUCACCUAAAGACAUUGAAAAGGUGUCUCUACUGUAUCAUUGUCAGGCUCUUGUAUACACUCCGUCAAAUGAGCACUUUGGUAUUGUGCCUUUAGAAGCAAUGUACUUCUGCAAGCCUGUCAUUGCUGUCAACAGCGGAGGUCCCACAGAGACUGUUGUGAAUGAUGUCACUGGCUUCCUGUGUGAGCCUACCAGUGAGUCAGUUGCACAAGCCAUGAGCACAUUGAUGCUGACUCCCGACCUUGGAGAGAGGCUGGGAGAAGCGGGCAGAAAGAGAUUUGAAACAAAGUUUUCCUUUGAUGCAUUUACUGAUCAAUUGGAUGGUAUCCUCACCAGAGAAAGGCAGAUUAUUUCUGAGGCCAGGGCUGUUGAUUAUGAACAGAAGAAACGUAAAUAACAGUCUGCCAACACUCAUACAGUAUGUGAUCUUGUAUGAGUGUUCUAUUACCAAAGAACUUAAUGUAUCAAAAAAAAACUUUACCUAAAGUGUCAUUCUAUGGAACUUGGUCACUAUGUAAACAAACUGCCGUAUUGAAAUUGUCUCUGUAUAUAUUAUAUAUGUAUUAUGUAUUUACCUUUUGUUUACAUAGUUAGCAAGAUCCAUAGAAUGACACAGUAAAAUUUUGCUUUUCAUUUGUGUUAAAUAUUUUGUUUCAUUAUAUUUGGUGUAAAACUUUGAUCUUAAACUUGUUUGGGUGUUAAUGAUACUUACAGUUUUGCUUUUUAUGUAUGUGUUGAUUUAAUAAUAAUUAUAGUUGUUAGCUAAAGUAGCUUCCUUCAAUUAGCCAAAAUGUUCUAAUAAUAAAUGUAUGAUUAAAUUCUGUACAAUGCUAGUUGUAUGAAAUAGGAAAUGAGGUAAAUAAUUAAUGUUGUAUCAUUAUUUAGAUCCAUAAAUCUUGUUUUAUAGUAAUUAUAAAACUUAUUCUGCAAUGCAAAUGCAUCAAUGUAGCUUGACCACUUUUAGUAACAAGAAAUAAAUAACUUUGUGUCCUGAAACUCUUGUGUGCUCUGGGUAAAGCACUGUUCAUAUUUUUUUAUCUACUUACUGAACAGCAUUUAGCACAAAAGUUGCAUUUUUGAUGAACAUUAGCAAGUGAAAGAAGGGCAAUAAUCAAUUUCUCAUUUUUUAAUGUCUCUAAAAAUUCUAAAAUCAAUAUGUUGUUGUAAAUAUUGUAAUAUAUGUUUAAGCAGUU